GGUGACAAAGAGUUUCUCCCCUUUCCUUUUCCCUAAUCCAAAGGGUCAAACUUUGGUUUACCGAUAGGUACUGAUACUAGCUAGUAAACAGUCUCUCUCUCUUUCUCUCUCUCGUCCCAGACAUUGUGCUGAAUUGCAUCUCACUCCACCACACGAAGAUCCACUCCAGGAGCAAACGAAGAAACUGGACUCUCUCUCUCUCUCUCUCUCCACCACACGAAGAUCCACUCCACGAGCAAACGAAGAAACUGGACUCUCUCUCUCUCUCUCUCUCUCAAACCACUACUCCCAACACACCUAUAAAUGGCCCUCAGACAAACCGACAGUCCAGUCUCCCUCCACCGAUGGAGCACCGAGCCGAUCUCAACCGCCGCCGCCUCCUCUCCGACAAUGUCGCCGUCGCGCCACCACCACCACCAUGCCCGGUCCUCCUCCGCCACCGGCAUUUCCAACAUCAAGCGAAACCAGAACUUCGCCGCCAAAGCCGCCGCUCAGAGACUCGCUCAGGUCAUGGCUUCUCAGGCCGCUGAUAACGGCGACGACGACGACGAGGAAAACGACGUCGUCGACGAUUUUCGGUUCGGUGUGACGACGAGGCCGAACAACGUCAGCAGUAAUAGUAUCAAGCAUGUGGUUCCGUCGACUAGAUCUGCUUCUAAUGCGUUAGCUCGGAACAUUGUAGAGGAAGCUCCUUCAGUUCGCUCAACGUCAGCUGCAACGCCUACGAUGUCUAUUCGCACAAUUCCAUCAGUACCACCUAGUAGAACAUCGCUGAAGACUCCAAUUCCUAUACCACCAAUUGAUCCUCCCUCUACUACGCAGAGAGAGAAAAGAUUUGCUUCAGAUAUGGGGCAGAUGAACUUGAAAGAUACAGGAGAACGACGGGAUGCUUCUGCCCUUCAUGAUGAACUUGAUAUGCUACAAGAAGAGAAUGAGAAUAUUCUUCAAAAGCUUAGUCUUGCAGAAGAGGGUUGCAAGGAAGCAGAGGCUAGAGUUAAGGAGCUUGAGAAACAGGUAGCUGCUCUUGGAGAAGGAGUCUCUUUAGAAGCAAAAUUAUUGAGCAGGAAGGAAGCUGCGCUGCGUCAAAGAGAGGCUGCGCUUAAAGAAGCAAAGCAAACAAAUGAUGGGGUAGACGUGGAAAUUGUAUCCCUUCGGGCUGAACUUAAGAAAGUGAAAACUGAGGCUGCAGCUGCUGUAGAUCAGCUUCAGGGAACUGAAUCUGAAGUUAAAGGUCUUCGCUCAAUGACACAGAGGAUGGUUUUAACACAAAGUGAAAUGGAAGAAGUUGUUCUUAAGCGGUGUUGGCUCGCACGUUAUUGGGGUUUAGCUGCACGACAUGGCAUUUGUGCAGAUAUUGCAGUGUCAAAGUACGAGUACUGGUCAUCUUUGGCACCUCUUCCUUUUGAAGUUGUUAUUUCUGCAGGGCAAAAAGCGAAAGAGGAAGGCUGGGAGAAAGGUGAUGAGAAUCCCGAGAGAAGGAGCAAACUUUUCGAGGACUUUGAUCUGACUGGAGAAGGGAAUAUAGAAAGUAUGCUUUCAGUUGAAAUGGGCUUGAAGGAACUUGUGUCAUUGAAGGUUGAGGAUGCCAUCGUGCUUGCACUGGCACAGCAGCGACGUGCAAAUGCAACUCGACUAUCCAAUUCAGAUAUCAAGUCACCUGGUGACCCAAAGUAUACGGAUGCAGUUGAACUGAGUCCAGAAGAGUCCGAAGAUGUUCUUUUCAAGGAGGCUUGGCUUACUUACUUUUGGAGAAGAGCCAAAGUCCAUGGUAUUGAAGAGGAGAUUGCCAAAGAGCGACUCCAAUUUUGGAUUAGCCGCAGUGGGCACUCACCAUCUACACAUGACUCUGUUGAUGUUGAGCAAGGUUUGAUGGAGCUGAGGAAACUGGCUAUUGAGCAUCGACUCUGGGAAGCGUCUCGCAAAGAAACCGAACAGGACUCUUCUACUUCUGCUGCACGAAAAUAGCCAAGCAAAUGAAAAUUCCCUCUUUGUAGCUACUGCCUCAGAUGUUUGUAUUGUCAUAUUUACUGAAACUCAGUCUUUUGUUACCAUCACACGAAAACACACUUUUGAGAAGUAAGUUAUGUAUACUUGUAUGUACCUGAAUGUACAUUAUUUUUUUACCCUUCAAAUCCUCAUCUUUAUUGAGAAGGAAUGUGUAUACGAAACUAUAUGUUAAAUGUUUAUGAGAUGCAGCAUUUCUUCAA